GGGGGAUCGUGACGUCACGUGCAGCCUGCGGUCCGCGCGCCGGCCGGCCAGCGCCAGCAGCUGCGGCGCGGCAUCAGCGUUCAGCACUACAGGUGAUAACAGCCUCUGCGGCGAGCGGCUCCACACGCAGCGACACCCAGCACGACAGACUUCAACUAUGGCCGGGAAGCACGGAUGCCAAUGUGGACCGGGCUACGCGACUCCUCUGGACGCCAUGCGAAGGGGGCCCCGCGAGAAGAUCGUCUACAUUCCCUGCAUCCAGCUCGAGGCGCAGACGUCGGGCAAACUGGACUACCUCGCCACCGUCGACGUCGACCCCGCCAGCCCCCACUACAGCAAGGUCAUCCAUCGCCUACCAAUGCUGCAUGUAGGAGAUGAAUUACACCAUUCGGGAUGGAACGUAUGUAGUAGCUGCUACAAAGAUGACAGCAAGAUUCGUAACAAACUUGUGCUUCCUGCCCUUGGAAGCGGAAGAAUUUAUUUCAUUGAUACGGGAUCUAGUCCUAGAGCACCAAAAAUUCACAAAGUCCUUGAACCUAAGAACUUGCAUGACCUUGAUGUGUCAUCACCACAUACGUCACACUGUUUGUCUUCUAAUGAAAUUAUGAUUUCAACUUUGGGAGACAAGAAUGGAAAUGCAAAAGGAAAUUUCAUUCUAAUAGAUGCAGAAACAUUAGAAGUGAAAGGGCUAUGGGGGAAGAAAAGUGCAAAAUUUGGAUAUGAUUUCUGGUACCAACCGAAGUUUGAUGUGAUGAUCUCUACUGAAUGGGCUGCACCAAAAUCAUUCAGAAAUGGAUUUAAUCCAGCUGACAGUCAAAACCCUGAGAUUUAUGGAUCUUCUCUCAAUGUUUGGUCAUGGUCUACUCGUGAACUCCUGCAGACUAUAGAUCUUGGCCCAAAUGGGGUCACACCACUUGAAAUACGUUUCUUGCAUGACCCCAAGAAGCCUGAAGGCUUUGUUGGAUGUGCCCUUCCAUCUACUGUUUUUAGGUUCUACCGCAAGGAGGAUGGAAGUUGGGCUGCAGAUCCAGUAAUUACAGUACCUCCUAAGAAGGUAGAGGGCUGGAGUAUGCCAAAUUUACCUGGAUUAAUAACAGAUAUAAUACUCUCUCUGGAUGAUCGCUUUAUGUACUUCAGUUGUUGGCUUCAUGGAGAUGUACGCCAAUACGAUAUUUCGGAUACAAAAAAUCCUCGUUUGGUUGGGCAGAUAUUUUUGGGUGGUAGCAUGUUAAAAGGUGGAGCAGUGAAAGUAUUAGAAGAUCCUGAACUGAAGGAGCAACCUUCACCUGUCAUACUGAAAGGUAAAAGACUGUAUGGCUCUCCUCAAAUGUUGCAGUUAAGUUUAGAUGGAAAACGCCUUUAUGUAUCAACAUCACUUUUCUCUACAUGGGACAAACAGUUUUACCCUGAUAUGAUAAAGCAUGGCAGCACAAUGGUCAUAGUAAAUGUUGACACGGAAAAAGGAGGUCUGACCCUUGAUGAGAAUUUUCUUGUUGAUUUUGGGGAUGAGCCUGAAGGACCUGUGGCUGCUCAUGAAAUCAGGUACCCUGGAGGCGAUUGCACAUCAGAUAUAUGGCUGUCAGAAGACUGAAUGGGUAAAUGGAUUUUUGCUGAUUAAAUGGAUUUAAUAUUCUUUAAAUACAUUUUAUUGAGUUUUUCAUUUUAAUUGAUGGUUGAAGAAAACAGGCAAUGAAUAUUUUCUCUCCAAUUACUAUACUAAAUUUCCCCACCACUUGUAAUGAAAUAUUUCUCUACCAAAUGCCUUUAAAGAUUGUACAAUUAAUUGUUUUUCUUUUUUCUGUUAGUUCUAGCCUUAUAAAAGUUAGUUAGUACUUAAGAUCUCAAUUAUUUUCAUUGAAAUUGUUUACUUAUGUACUUCAUAUUCCUCUGCAAAUUCAUGAUUCUUGAAAAAAGCAUAUAGAAAGAAUAAACUAAUCUUAAAAGUAAAAAAAAAUAUUCUACUAACAAUUUUUAUCAUUUUGAAUUUAAUAAGUGGGAAGAGGUAUCUUACAGGGUUUUGGUAGUAUAAUUUUUAACACUCGUAACAUUUUUGAUAAUGUAGAAGUAGGUAUUAUUUUAUAGUGCAGGGAACAUAGAAAAACAUUUAUUUUUGUUUUGUUUUUUGGUGUUAAAAAUAAUAUGUAUGCAUUAGAAUAUGAAGUGAAUUCUGUUGUUGUUUUUUGUUUUUUUUUAAAUGUUCUGGAUAUUACUUUUCCAUAUCUACAAUGUGGAUGUAUUCAGUUAUUUCUUUGAGUUUAUAUUGCACACUUGUUAUUUUUAAUGAUAGUCGUGUUUUUCUUCAUGUAAGUAACAAAACUGAAAAAUGUCAAUGAAAUUUAAAUAUUUUGCUAUGUAGAUAUUUUUUAAAAAUCAUUGUUUCAAAUUUAUGGUUCAACAAGACAAUAUGAAUUAGGCUAUUUCAAAUAUUGAGAAGUAUUGUUUUUACUGGCCUUUUGAGUUUAUGCUCAUUUUGCAAAAAAAUGAACUAGAAUUAUAAUAUUGCGAAGUAAAUUACAGGAAUUUGGGUUGUUCAUGCACAAUUUAUAUUUUAUCUAGAGUGGCUUCCUUUAUUUUAGGACAGUGCCUUAAUAUUUAGUGCAAGAGAUGUGGGACCAAACGUUUCAACUGAAUGCCUGAAUUUAAAAAUGACAUCACAAAUGUUAUAUGUGUCUUAAUAAACCAUUUUAUUUGUAAGGAGGUUGUUCUGAAAAAUGUUAAAAAUUCAUCUUGUAUGCUUGGGCUCUCAAAUUAAUUAUACUUAUAAAUUCUCAAAAAAUUGCUCUUGCUGCAGAAAACAAGUGUAUUACAUGUGCACAAAUAGUUUCAAUGUAAUUGAAAUAUUUCAUGUUAUUCUUUAUGUAUAUACAUUGAAUUGAGUUUUAUGUUUUAUAUUGUUCAAGUGUUCAUUUUUUAAAUAUAUUAGAUUUUUAUAUUUCCGGAAAGAUUACCAUGGGUUAUUCUUCUACUCUGUAUUGAUACCUCAAUAGACUUUUCUUUCUUUAAAUAAAUAAUGUC